CGCUCUCACAGACACCAUUAGCACGGCUCUGUGGUGGAAAUAGAGCGCUAGAGAUAAAGAGAGAGAGAGACAGGAGGAUCAAAAGAAAAACAAAGAGGGCAAACAGGUGGAAUUAGGAAGAGAAACAGCAAACUAUUCCUCAGACUACAGCAUGCAGCAGCAGUGGGUGUGUGUGGCUCUACUGGCCCUCCUGACUGUCACAGUGACGCUGGCAGAUGGUGGAAAAACAGAGAAACAAGGUAAGAAGGAGCGUAAAUCGGACUGUGGCGAGUGGCAGUGGAGCGUGUGUGUGGCUAACGAGGGUGACUGCGGCCUGGGCACCAGAGAGGGCACUCGCACCGGCACCGACUGCAAACAGACCAUCAAAACCCAGCGCUGCAAAAUCCCCUGCAACUGGAAAAAGCAGUUUGGAGGCGAGUGUAAGUACGACUUUGAAGCGUGGGGUGAGUGUGACUCCACCACGGGGAUGAAGACGCGCACCGGUGUGCUAAAGAGAGCGCUGAUGGACGCUAGCUGCCCGAACUCCGUCAGCGCCACCAAACCCUGCGGAAAACCCAAGACCAAGAUACAAGAUUCUCAGAAACCAAAACGGGAAGGAAAGAAGAAGGAGCGGAACCCGACGGACUAGAAGCCGCUCUCUUCUGCUCCUCAGGCAGACGUGGAUGAGGCCGCAUACUAUUUACAGUAGAAUAUUUUUAGAUUGUUUGUAGCUUUAAAUUACGGCUCACAGAAUAAUACAUGAAUGAUGAAAGAAACAAACGAAUUACUAAUAUCUCCCGCUGAAUCCUCUAACGCUGUAUCAGACCGCCCCGUUCACACAGACAUGUUCUGAGAACGCUUUUCUAACGUUCCCGUUAGGUUGUGAAAAGGUUAUUUCUGAAUUAACUCUAAACAUCCCAAACAUCCAGUUUUAAGACGGUUAUGCGGAUGCGAGGGGAUUGUUACGUUUGAUCAUGAAAACAUUCCAGAAAACUCUGAAAGAACGUUCUGUUAACGUUUCUUGAACUUCAGCCGUGUUUGCUGGCCGCUUGGACGUCACAGGUGAAUAAAAUCAUGCAUCAUUGUAUUUCAUGAAAUGUCCUCAUCAAACACGAUGGGAAUUCAAAUUUGGAUUGUAAUUGAUGAACAGAAAAGUAAUACUCCUUAAAAGUAAUGUGGAAUUAAAAUGGGAUCUACUAAACACAACAAAUGUUCAAAAGAUGUUUCUGAAAUAUUCUAUGCCUAGAGCGUAUUUAUGGAUAAUACGGGAAAUAAAUAAAGCAUCGGUUAAAAGUUGUACACGGUUCUAAUUCAUUUCAAAUUGUAUAAAAUUCUACUUCUCUGCUGGAGAAUGAAAUAAAGUUAAACUAGAGUUAAACUAA